AUGAAAUCUACUUCAAAUCAUUCUUCGUUUUCUGGAUUCCCAGACACCAAUAUUGAGCUUGACCAAGUUAUAAGAGAACAUGGGGCUGAGCUCGAUAAACAAUUUGAGACUAUGACUCAGAGGACAAAAACCUAUACACAGGAUGAAGUUCAGUCGUUGCAUAAACAAUACAAUGCAAUUGUUGCCCAAAAUAAAGAAAAAGAGAAAAAAGUAAAUGAGCUAGAAAGGUUGAUCGAAAGGCUAAAAUUACCAAAAAAAGAGCCAAGCUUAUUGAUGCACUCACGGCUAAGCUGAUGCAACACUAACCGAGAUUGAGCAUUUUCAAACGUUGACGGCAAAGCUGAAGAAAUCAGUGAAGAAAUCGAAGAUUUCGAAUCAAAAUACCAAGAAGAGCUCAUAUACACCAAAAACUUAACUUCAAUGUACCAAGAAGAACGAGAAGCACUAAUCGUUUAUAAAGAAAGAGCAAAAGAAGUCGAAAAAUUAAUCAGCCAAAUAAUGAGCCAAUAUGAAAAUGUCAUGAGGGCUAAGAAUAUUGCAAUAAGUUUCGAAAUCCGAACAAAUGGAGAAUUAUCAAGAUUUAACCAAUUUUUGAAGGAAAAAAGAAAUGAGUAUCUGAGAAAAGUGAAAAAUAAAACUUUUGAACUGAGUGUGGUAGAAACUGAAAUUAAUGACAUUAUUGAAAGAAUGGGGAAACGGUCGCUAAUCCAAAAGGUAAAUUUUAAUUAGCAACAAAUAAGCUUGACCCAGCAAGUUUUUGCAUUAGCAAAAGCAGAAAAAGAAGAAAAUGAGAAAUCAAUGAUAAUGAAAGAAAAGCUAAAAGAAAAAAUUGAAAAUUAUGAGCUAUUGUUUGGGCAGCUUUUAAUUAAAUUAGGAUUAGAAGGGGAUAGUUCGAUACUGAAGACUGAAACUGUCAGCGAAAUAAUUAGCAGAUAUAACCAUUUGUUAUUUGUGGAUGGGUCGUUAUCGGAGAGAUAUUACCAUUUGUCACAGUCUCAUAUUGUCAAGCUUGAGGAGUACCAAAACAAUCUUAACGAGCUAAACCAUUUUUUAGAAAAUCUUCAGCCAGCUGAAAAAGAACAGUUUUCAAUUUUGACAAAAAAUUCAAGCAAUAAAGGCAUUAGUGACGACCAAAUAAUGGAAACUGAAAAAAUGAUUUUUAAGCUUUAUAUUCAGCUACUAAACACUUCCACACAAAUAUGCCAAUUAUUCAAGCCAAUAAUGCAGAACUCUGACGUCCCUCAGACUUUACAAAAUAUAGUCGAAAUUUUUUCUGAAGCAGUGAAUAUUUUUAAUAAAGGAUUUUUAGAAAAAAGAAAGCCAAGCCAAGAAGACAAAAAAAAGCUUUCAGCUUUUUUUAAAACUGAGGUAGAAAUCGCUGACAAAACCAUUGACAAUUUUGUGUCAAGUUUAUCAUUUGCUUCACUCUCCAAAGGAGAAAUAAAAGAAAUUUAUAUGAAAUUGAUAGGAAAUAACCAUGAAGCUGAAGCUUUUGUAAAGCUGUUUCACUCAUCACUUAUAUUAACACAUUUUACUACAAAAGACUCAUUGCAAAAAUUUUUAGAAACUUCUGAUAAGCCAUUUGAUAAUUUGUCAGAGCUUUUAUUUUCAUCUUUGUCUAUUUAUCAAUCUCAAUUUAUCAUAUAAAUUCUGAAUAUACUGUAAAACUGAUAAGGCAAUUUCUGAAAUUAUUUUAAAAAAAUAAUUUUUUAUAUUAAAAAAAUAAAUAAAUAAAGCAUAGAAUUUUAAAUUCCACGCUCAUGAGAAUUAUCAUAGAUUCCAGCAAAUGCGAAAAAGAACUAAAUGGACAAGUUAACACCCUUCAAAAUGAAAAUAAAAUUUCUUUAAAUACUACCAAAAAGCCAGCAUUGUAUCCUAAAAAAAUGAUCAGAAAUAAAGAACAGAAAUUUUCGAGACAAGAAGAAUCGUUCAAGCUUUCUGAUCUCCGGAAUAACUCAUUUUUAGACGUCAGCAAAGAAAAUGAAGAAGAAAAACCUUUAACAAGGCUUGAAGUUAAGCGGCCAAGCACAGUCACUGCUAAUAAAACUGCAAGAACUGCCAAUACAAGAGAAGAAAGACUCCAAAACACCCUUAAAGAAUUUUUAGAGCUUGAGCGGAAAAUAAAAAAUCUAAAAAUGAACGAAAAUAAAGCCCAGAACUAUAAAAGUGGAAUCGCGGAAAAAAUCCAUGGGCCUUUAAGAUCAGUCAGUUUACCUCAUAUUUCGUCAAGAGUCAAAUCGGCGCUUAAUAGGGAUAAAACUGCUUCAAGGCUUAAAAACCUGCUAGAGAGUACCCAAGGGUCAUUUAAAACAGCUAAUCUAUUGUAA